ACAUACAAAUAAAAACAAAAUGGCACCAACGAUACUAACUCUGGGAGUACUUUGUUCAAUGAUAAUUGUGUCUCAAGCUGCAAAGAAACUUACAUGCAAGCAAAGAGUGGCAAGGAUAGAGAACGUUCUUAAGUCCAUACCUGUUGUUGAGAAGGAUUGUAAUAGAGAAAUUGAAUUGCCAUGUGGAACUCCAGCUGGUACAGCUGAAUAUGAGUUUCAUGCUUCUAAUGAGGUCCCAUUCAAGGCAACCAAUGCUCCAGACACUAAUAAUCCUCAUUCUUUAACUGACCAUGAUGUUCCUUGUGUGGUGUGCCAGAUACCUCGGAACUUGGUAAUGAUACCAGCACUUCAUACAUGUCCAAAUGGUUGGAACAAAGAGUACAAAGGUUACCUAGUAGCAGAACACCAUGCACAUGCAAACAACAAAGCCUUUGAAUGUAUGGAUGAAGAACCAGAAACAAUUGAUGGGGGCCAUGAAAACAAAAAUGGUGCAUUGUUUCUCCCAGUUCAAGCUGUUUGUGGAUCCUUGCCUUGUCCAAAAUAUGUUCAUGGCAGGGAGCUGACAUGUGUAGUCUGUUCAAAAUGAUUUUAUUGCAAUUUGCAAUUCA